UCUCUCUCCAUCUCUCAUUUUCUGUUUUACGUGGGUUGGUUUGAGUUUUAAUGGGAGAACUUCGUUACCUCAUCGUUGCGUUUCUCCUUCUCGGAGCUCUGCAAAGGAAUAGAAUUAAUGGCAAAGCUUUUUACGGAGACUAUUCGAAGCUGUCGGGGAUUAUAAUCCCAGGUUACGCUUCCACGCAGCUCCGAGCUUGGUCAAUCCUUGACUGCCCUUACUCUCCUCUUGAUUUCAAUCCACUUGAUGCCGUCUGGCUUGAUACCACCAAAGUUCUAUCUGCUGUAAAUUGUUGGCUUAAGUGCAUGUUGCUAGAUCCUUACAAUCAAACAGAUCAUCCUGAAUGCAAAUCUCGACCUGAUAGUGGUCUUUCUGCAAUUACAGAACUUGAUCCAGGUUACAUUACAGGUCCUCUUUCCUCCGUGUGGAAAGAAUGGGUAAAAUGGUGUAUAGAAUUUGGCAUUGAGGCGAAUGCAAUCCUUGCUGUUCCUUAUGAUUGGAGACUGUCAGCUUCAAUGCUUGAGGAGCGAGAUCUGUACUUUCACAAGCUAAAGUUGACUUUUGAAACUGCACUUAAACUUCGUGGGGGACCAUCAUUAGUUUUUGCCCAUUCAUUGGGAAACAAUGUUUUCCGCUAUUUUUUGGAGUGGUUGAAGCUGGAAAUUGCACCAAAAGAGUAUAUCAGAUGGCUUGAUGACCAUAUCCAUGCUUAUUUUGCAGUUGGGGCCCCUCUCCUUGGUGCUACUGGGACAGUUAGAGCAACACUUUCUGGUUUUACGUUUGGUCUUCCUAUUUCUGAGGGAACAGCGAGGUUGAUGUUCAAUUCAUUUGGUUCUUCAUUAUGGAUGAUGCCAUUCUCAAAGUAUUGUAGGACAGAUAAUAUAUAUUGGAAACGUUUCUUUGAGGGAAAAGGGAUGGGCCAACACACAUAUCAUUGUGAUGAGAUGGAGUUUCGGUUAAAUUACUCUGGAUGGCCGACUGAUAUUAUAAAUAUUGAGAUCCCUUCAACACAAGGUGCUGAAGCCUACCCGUCACUUUUAGAAAUGUCACCGGCUAACCUGUCUAGCAUGGAAUGUGGCCUCCCUACUCAGUUGUCAUUUUCUGCUAGGGAAAUAUCUGAUGGAACCUUCUUCAAAGCAAUAGAGGAUUAUGAUCCAGACAGCAAAAGGCUUUUGUAUCAAUUAGAAAAGUUGUAUCAAGGAGAUCCAGUGUUGAACCCACUUACGCCUUGGGAUAGACCUCCUCUGAAGAACAUAUUUUGUAUAUAUGGAGUAGAUUUGAAGACUGAAGUAGGUUACUAUUUUGCACCAAGUGGCAAACCAUAUCCUGAUAACUGGAUCAUAACUGAUAUUGUUUAUGAAAUUGAAGGAGCCCUUUUCUCAAGGUCAGGGAAUCUAGUUAAUGGGAAUCCUGGAUAUGCUAGUGGGGAUGACACGGUGCCAUACCACUCCCUCUCAUGGUGCAAAACAUGGCUGGGGUCUAAAGUGAACAUAACGAGGGCUCCACAGUCAGAGCAUGAUGGAUCUGAUGUACAAGUGCACCUGAAUGUAGAGCAUCAUCAUGAUACAGAUGUAGUUCCAAACAUGACGAGGGCUCCUCGGGUUAAGUAUGUAACCUAUUACGAAGAUUCUGAAAGUAAUCCAGGAAAGCGGACAGCAGUUUGGGAGGUUGAUAAAGCAAGUCACAGAAACAUUGUCCGAUCUCCAGUUUUAAUGCGAGAGUUGUGGCUCCAAAUGUGGCAUGAUAUUCAUGCUGAUGCAGAAUCAAAAUUUGUAACAAAAGCUAAACGUGGACCUUUGAGGGAUGAGGAUUGUUACUGGGAUUAUGGAAAAGCUCGGUGCGCCUGGCCUGACUAUUGUGAAUAUAGGUAUACUUUUGGUGAUGUCCACCUUGGACAGAGUUGCAGGUUAAAGAAUUCUUCAUUUGAUCUCCUCUUGCAUUAUCUAUAGAUC